AUGUGCUGCGUCCUCGAACUUGUGCAGCCCGGAUACCGGCCGAGGCCGUGUCAGCGCAAGUGGUUUCCUCCAGAGAGCUGCGAUACCUCUUUGUCCACGUGGCGCCACAGCAAACGGGAGCUUUGGAGCGCCAACCUCCGCUUUCCUUGGGAAGAUAGGGGGCUCCGAAGGCCUGUGGUUCUCAGCGUGCGCUUUGACAACUCGCUGGGGCGCCGAGCAGGCUCGCUGGAGGGAGGCGGAUACGGCUCAGGUUCACCAACUCAACGAGCCAAUGCCGCCGCUUUCUUUGGACAUAACUUUAAGAAGGCUUACGAGUCUGCCAGGGCUGGGUAUGUUUACUAUCCGAACAUGCAGACGAAGUCGCGGUGCAGGGCAGAUCGGCACGGACGCUGGUGUUUGGGGCGGUGUAGCCAAGAUGCGAAGCCCGACGACGAGAGUUGUUGGGCCUUUUCAUUUCGGUAUCACCUUGAUAGUGCCGCCUCUGCCAACAAGGGGAGGCCAGGUGUGCCAAUUAUGUUACAAGUAGUUGAGCGCGAUGGUAUGCUGGGCAUUGGUCAAGAAGAAGAACUUGCCAUUGCGGAGGACCUUGGCGCCGAGAUUUAUCAUGCCUAUCUGGAGAACGACGAAAUCAUCAUGUGCCGCCACGACGGUAGGAGCGAACUGAAGCUUGCGGCGUACCAGGAAGCAGGGGUUUGUAUUGCAAGUUGGGCCGCAAAGCAUGCCUGCCCGGCACUCCUGCAGACCCUGCGAUGCUUGGGAGCUGAUAUGUCUUGGCAGGACCGCCUUGGACGUACCGCAGCGCAUUUUGUCUCAGGAAGCGACGAGCAGGCAGCAGCCACCCUCUGCCGGCUAUGCGACUUGAAGGCAGACCUGUCGAUUGAAGAUGCAAACCGGCAAACGGCUGCCCAUGCCAUGGCCCUGCAGGGAUACGUGAAAGCAUUUGAGAUGCUAGGGGCAAUGGGAGUCGACCUGGCCAAGCAAGAUGCAGAGGGACUUACUCCGAUGCACAUUGCCGCACAACAUGGUCAUGCCAGCACAGUGCAUCUCCUGUGCAAUAUUGUCCACGAACAGAUAGAGGACAAGCAUGGGCGCCUGCCGGCACACAUAGCCGCCGAACAGGGUCAUUGCGAAGUGCUGCAGACACUGCAUGAUUGUGGCCAGAGCUUGGAGGUAAUUUCCAAGAAGCUUGAGGCGGCACCUGUGCACACAGCUGCAUCGCACAAUCACAUCUCUGUCUUUCGCUUGCUGUAUGACCUGGGCUACAACCUUUUUGUGCAUGAUGGACUGGGCCGCACCUUGACUCACCACGUGCAAACAGCGGAGGCCUUGCUCUGCUUGCAGAAGCUCCGGGCGAAUCUGGAACAGCCCGAUGACAAGGGUGGACUACCAAUUCACACGGCUGUAUGGCCAAGAAUCUGCAAUCAAGAAGCUCAUCGAACUGUCGGCAGACAUCUCCGCUCUCGACCAUAG